AUGUCGGUACUGGAUUGGGCGGGAAAGCUGUCCACCGAAUUCGGAAUAUAUGAUGUAGAAUUGACUGCCGAAUUCUGGGAGAAGCACGCACGAAAAGUCCGUAGGAAACUGGCGAGGGAUAAAUGCCCUCGAGAAAGUUUUGGAAGCUUCGAGCUGCUGAAAUUCUUGAGCAGCGGCUCUUUCGGAUCUGUGUUCAAAGUGAGAAUGAAAAGGAACAGGAAGGUCUUCGCAAUGAAAGUGCAGCCAAAGCGGCUGAUCGUGCGCAAGGAAGCACAAAAGUACGCGAUUCAAGAGAAGCGGAUUUUUGCAGCAGUUGAUUUCGAAUUCAUCGUCAAGCUAUUCUAUGCAUUCAAGGAUAACGCGAAUCUCUUCCUCGUAAUGGAAUUGUUCGAAAACGGCGAUCUGAGUCUGCUCUUGAAACAUGAAAAAAAAUUGACCGAAUGGCGAGCUAAGCUUUACGCCGGCCAGCUUGUGCUUGUCAUCGAGUAUUUACAUCGCGCCCGAAUCGUAUUCCGAGACCUCAAACCUCCGAAUAUUCUCAUAGCUGACGACGGAUAUCUCAAAUUGACUGAUUUCGGUCUCGCGACCGUAUUCCAUGGAUCGACGUACACUCUAUGCGGAUCGCCCCCGUACAUGGCGCCAGAGAUCCUCCGACGCCAGCAGUACGGGCCAGGAGUCGAUUGGUGGGCUCUCGGAAUAAUUGUUUACGAGAUGCUGCACGGUCAACUCCCUUUCAGAUGUCCAGGAAAUGAGGGAACAGUCCUCGAGAGGCUCAUCCUGACAGCACCGCUAGAGUUCCGUGGAGGUCUGGACAGAACCGCAGAAGACUUCAUCUCGAAAUUGUUGGAACGGGAAGAUUCGCGACGUCUGGGCUCGUUGCAUCGGGGUGCUGAUGAUGUUUUGGAUCAUGAAUGGCUAUGGGAGGUCGACUUCGACUUGCUGUAUGCGAAGAAAUACCAAAUUCCUGUAUCGAAGAGGCUGAGAUAUCUUCAGGAGCGAGGACACUACGAGGCAAUCCAUUUCGAUCCCAAGGACUACUUCCCGCAUGAGUUCCAGGACUUCUGA